AAAAUGGGAAAAUGAAUAAGAGUAGGAAGGAAGGAUUGUAAGAAAAUUAAGGGAAGUAAUUCGCUUAAACUGUCUACACUUCCGUACCGCAACAAUCGCUCAAGAAUGGUCCUUCAUUAGAACUUAGUACGGAGUGGAUAGAUGGCUCCGGCCGGGCUGUCAGCGGGCCCGGAUCAGGCAGGCAUCCGGGCAUCCGAAUGGCGCCGUGGGGCCGGAUGGGGAUUUCCGCCCGGGAAGUAGUACUCCCUUCUCAUCAUAUCCAAGACCACCAGCUAAGUACUAACCUCUGCCCCCCAUUACACUCCCAAGUGCCCCUCCUGACCCUUUCUUCCACUCUUCCGAAUAUAAAGACCGUGCGAUGUCCAGAUAGCUUAGCUGGCCAUCAUGUUUAGUUGGAAUCGUCUCCUAAAUAUCCUAUAGCUCAACGGAUUCAAGUCAUUGUUUUGAUAACCAACAUGGUCUCUUCCCAUCCACAGCUUAUUUUCGGAGGUGGUAACAUCGGCCAGGACUGGACCACAAGAGAGUCCGUUGAGGAACUCCUACAAACUCUCAAGUCCCUCGGAAUCUCGAGACUUGACACCGCGCCCCGAUACCCAACAGGCCGCAUAGGAGGCUCCGAGCGGCUUCUCGGUGAAACUGGUGCGGCAGCCCAGGAUUUUGCCAUAGAUACCAAGAUACUGGUCCUCAAUCGCGACGCGAGUGGCACGCUCGAACCUCCAGCUGUGGCAGAGUCUCUGCAAGCAAGCUAUGACCGCUUGCACUUUCCUCAGGACAAGAAGGUUCACGUACUCUAUUGUCAUGCCGCAGAUCCCACCACUCCGCUGGAGGAGCAGGCCGCAGGGAUCGAUGCGCAAUAUCGAAAGGGGCUUUUUGAUCAGCUCGGCGUAUCCAAUUUUCCACUUGAGGUGCUUGCUGAAUACUUGGAUAUCUGUGAACAAAAAGGCUACGUGAAGCCUACCGUUUGCCAAAACCCCUACAACCUCGUCAGCCGUGAGGCAGAACAACUCAUCCCUUCCUUGAGAAAGCAUGGCGUGGUCUUCAAUGCCUAUAGUCCUCUGGCAAUGGGAUUCCUUAGCGGAAAGCUGACAGCAGGAGAUGUACAGGGAACUCGUUUUGGGGAAGGAAAUACCAUGGGUGCCCACGGCCGGUUGCUCUAUGACAAGCAAGAGAUGCAUAAUGCUAUUCACUUUCUGACCAAGACCUUGGAGCCCUACAAUAUUUCUAAGCCAGAGGCCGCUUUACGAUGGCUCUCCUACCACUCCCUCCUGGGGCCGGAAGAUGGCAUCAUACUGGGGGCAAGCAAGAUUCCUCAGCUAGAGCAGAACGUCCAAGCCAUCAAGAAUGGACCGCUACCCGAUGAGGUAGUGUCGGCGAUUGAUUCUUUGUGGAAGACGCUAUCAUGAUAAAGGUGGGAUACGGAUUAGGGAUAAUAAUCGAAUACCAAGGUAGCAUCUGGUGGCACGAAAUCCACAGAUUU